AGGAACUUGAUUAUCUCGGAGCAAACGUGUGUGUCGAAUCAGCUAGGUUUGGCAGGAAAUGAGCAAGAUUGUACUUGAGUGAUGUGAAAAAAAAAAAGAUUUUUUCACGUGUCUCAUGUUGUUACACUUAUUUUGUAUAUUUUUAUUAUUUUCAUUUUUUCUUUUCGUCGCGACGCCUUUCUUGAUUGUCGUCUGGCCCAAGGAAAUAUUCUUGGGUUGUCCUGUGCACUCGCAGCGCCCCCUCCCGCUCCCCUCCCUCCUCCUCUCCCUGUGUACACAAAGCCCUGUUUUCCGAGAAUGAAAUUCAGUUGAAGUCGGGUGUUCGUGUUGUCCUUCUCUUCUCGGCCCGAAAACCACCUGCUCGGGUAAGGCAUAAGGGCUGGAAAACCAACAAGACCAUGCGGUGGUUCAAGCGAAAUAAGCUCUUUAUGGUUGGUGAUUCUUCCCCUUUCUGCGUUGAGCGAGGCAGAUUGAUAUCAUAUCUGGCAGAGAGGAGGACAUGCUCUCCUCUCCAUUCUCUUUCCAUUCCACGCUACACACGUCUGGAAUGUACUGACAGCAUUUGCCGGGCUGUCCGUGUGGCCUGACGUCCGCGGACUAGGCCACCAAUCACGGCCAGCCCGCCAUGCACUCCUACUUCCCGAUUUGCUUAGUCCCUUCCAUGGCGACGCCUUCAUAUUCUCCUCUCCAUCUAUUCCCUUCCCCUUUGGCGUUGAGCCAUGUUGCCUCCAGCCUUUACCCUUUCUCACACAUAGCUAUUUCUAGCUCAUUAGCGCUGGGUCCUUCACAUUUUUUGCAUACUCGGCUGACCAGCAGCAACAACCCGGCAGCCCAAGUCACCAGCUGCACUUCACCAGUGCUCCAACCGAUACUGUGGCGAGGAACUGUGGCGGAGCCUGUUAUAGCGAGGGACGAUCCGGACACUCCAGAAAGUUCGCCCCAGACCUUCUCGGCGUCUAUGAUGGCCGCAAUCGACUUGGACGUGCUGUGCGGUGUCCUGAUGCAAACACCCAUGAAAAUACUUCUGUCCUUGAAAGAUGCGUAUCUGUGGUGGCUACCAGACCUGAAGGAAGACAGACAGAUGCAGGCCAUCCAUUCCAUCCGACGUUUCAUAGAAGGUUUCCAAGAGAAUGAUAUCCGUACCAACUACGUUGCCACUCUCUACUGCUGCCUGGCGGAGCGACAAGCACUCCGCAAGUGGCGUUCGUAUCGUCUCACCGGUCUAGUCGCUGCAAUUGCGACGCAUCAGUCCGGUACCCCUCUGCACAAGCUAUUGGCGGUCGGUUUCCAGCUGAUCGGCUGCCAUACAAAGUGCACUAUUAUCGAAAGGGAAGGUAUCAUCUACUCCUGCGUCAUGGCCGCAAGUCCUUUAAGCACGUCCUUGGAGAACGACGUUAUCUGUAUGCACGCUGACCAUUCGCGGGAGUUGGUGAUAGUGCGCGUGAUCACGCGCUGUGAGGAGAGAGUUAUUACCGCUCUCCACCAAAUGCUGCAAACAUAUACUGAUUUAGGGCUGCAUUACCAUAUUGAGAAACUCAGUUUUGACUUUGCCAGUGACCGCGAUUCUCUUGUUCGAGUUGGUGCACUGCUUAGAAGCAACGAACGACGUGCAGGACCAUCUUGAAGACCUCUGACCGAAAGACCAGCCAGCAGCCAAUGAACCUGCCCAGCCUUUUGGACGGUUCCAGUGGCGAGUGAAGUAUACGGCGGACUUGAGGGCAUUUCAUAUGAGAAGACUGCAACAAGGUCUUCGACGAGGACUCAAUCCCGACGAAAGAGACCGCUUUCGUUUUCCUCAGCUGUGGAAGCAAAUGAUCCAAAUCCCUUGUGGAGUGCAUAUUUGCAAGAACACAGUGUUGCCAAGUAAAUUGAACAGUGUUGUGAAGUGAGUUGAACACUACGAUGUUUUGAUGAAGCAUAUGUACAUUCCAGGAAAGCACCCUCUGUAGAACCAAAAGGUCCCAAAUUUUUGCACUGAUACCCAAUGAUGAGCUGGGUAGACAUGAUGUGGCUGCUACAACACACAGAUAGUACUUUGCUUCUCUUGCAACAGCAACAUGACACGAGCUGUGACGACUGACGACUUCUGUAGAUAUUAUAGCGAAAAUUCCCUUUUCCCCACUUUGCUAUUUGACGGCUGGCUUCGUGACAAAACAGAUUACAUAAAUUACUACAAUGUUUAAAAAGCACAUUGAUAUUUAGAGUUGACUAAGAACCACUGCAAUUAACACCCUCGAGUGCUCAUUGUAAAAAUGCUGUUUGUAGUGUGAGAAAAUUUAAUCAAGUGUGUUGAGGUUCAUGCUGCUAAGCUUUCUGCGCAGUGUUUAAUCUGCACUGCUAAAAUAAGCGAAACGUGAUUACAAUACGUCUAAAUAAAUUAAUAAAUAAAAAUUGUUUCGUGUUUAUAUUGCUGUUUUCCAUUCCAUAACUUUGGAUUUGGCUUUGUUGUCUAUGCUAAUUUGAUAGUUGUGGCCGCAAAAUCUUGGACGUUAGUUCCGUGAUAAAACAUGAAGUGCUCGCAUCGUACCCAUUGCCCCCUUCUCAGACCACAUGUUUGUGCUGCGUUUAUGUAGAAAUUCCGACGUACUUCCUUAGCCGCAAAGCUGUGAUAACAUUUCUUUAUCGAGUCAAUAAAAGAAUAGGCCGCCUCGACAAGAAGUUGGCCACAUUUCAAAACCAGACAUGCAUUUAGAAAACAACACACCCAGUAUUCACUGUUUAAACAUUUGUGUACGCGUCUCUCCUUGCCAGUCCUGUCAAGUUUUCGCAACGAUAAAAGCAGGCUAAAACCUCGAAAUACCAAAUGUGGAUUUAUCUUACUUCAUUGUACCUAGUAUUGCAGCCGAAGACCACUUUGUUUAAGUCGCAACCAUGC